AUGAGUCUGAUAAUUCUAAAUGACAAGGACUUUGACAAGAAACAUAUUUGGCAUCCAUAUUCGUCUAUGACGAAGCCACUUCCAUGCUACCACGUAAAGUCAGCUUCUGGUGUUCGUUUACACCUUGACUCUGGUGAGUCAUUGAUUGAUGGAAUGUCUUCAUGGUGGUGUGCAAUUCAUGGAUACAAUAACAAAGAUUUAAAUGAUGCUUUGGUAAAGCAAAUAAACAUCAUGUCACAUGUGAUGUUUGGAGGUAUAACACAUGAUCUGGCAAUUCAAUUGUGCAGAUACUUAGUUGAAUUGACAAAUCCCAAAUUAGAGUGCGUCUUUUUAUGUGAUAGUGGGUCGGUAUCUGUUGAAGUAGCGUUGAAACAGGCCAUUCAGUACUGGGAUUCCAAAGGACAACCUGAAAAGAAGAAGUUCUUAACUAUCAAGAGAGGUUAUCAUGGUGAUACAUUUGGACCAAUGUUUGUCAGUGACCCAGAGAAUUCAAUGCAUACCAUUUACACCAGUUAUGGUCCAGAUAAUAUAUUUGCAGAGGCACCAAAAAUAAGGUUUGAUGAAGAAUGGGAUGAUACUGAUAUUGAAGAUUUCGAGAAAAAAAUACAGCAAAAUCAUAAGAUCAUUGCAGCUGUUAUCUUGGAACCUAUACUUCAGGGGGCAGGAGGAAUGCGUAUGUACCACCCAGAGUAUUUGAAAAGAGUUCGUGAACUUUGUGAUAAGUAUGAUGUUUUGCUUAUAUUAGACGAGAUAGCCACUGGCUUUGGAAGAACUGGCAAACUAUUUGCUCAGGAACAUGCUGGCAUCUGCCCAGAUAUCAUGUGUGUUGGAAAAGCUAUAACUGGAGGGUAUAUGACUUUGGCUGCUGUUAUUUCAACAAGAAAUGUAGCAGAUGUCAUUAGCGGUGGCCGAACCGGUUGCUUCAUGCAUGGACCGACAUUUAUGGGUAAUCCAGCUGCUUGUGCUGUAAGUGUUCGUAACUUGGAGAUUAUCAAAACCGGUGUCUGGAAAUCUCAAGUCGAUAACAUUCAAAAGAUAUUACAAAAGAAAUUCAAACCGUUGAUGAAAUCAGGUCACAAAAAGAUCAAAGAAAUUCGUGUACUUGGUGCUGUGGGAGUGAUUGAAAUGAAUAACCCAAUUGAUGUUGCAUUAUAUCAAAAAAGGUUUGUCGAAUUAGGUGUUUGGGUUCGUCCUUUUGGGAAAUUGUUGUAUAUAAUGCCACCAUAUAUCAUUAGUGAAGAGGAUUUAAAUCAACUUGUUGAUUCUUUGAUAAGUGUUGCCACAGAUGAAUCUCUCCCUUAG